AUGGCUACCUCACCCUCCUCCUCCUCCGCCGCCGAGGUCGACCCCGCCGUCUGGCGCGCCGUCGUCAGCUCCUCCGUCGAGAUCCCGCCGGUCGGCUCCCACGUCUACUACUUCCCGGAGGGCCACCUCGAGCACUCCGGCUCGCCCCCCUCCUCCCUCCGUAAUUACAGUUUUGCCCUCUCCCGCCCAUUCAUUCCCUGCCGCCUCAUCUCCGUCCGCUUCCUCGCCGACCCUCCGGCCGACCAGCCCUCCGUCAGGAUGCUCCUCCGGCCCCUCGACCCACGCUCCUCCUCCGCCGCCGCCGUCUCGGGCGGCAGCGGCGGCAUCACCGAGGACGACGUGAUCUCGUUCGCGAAGGCCCUGACACCGUCCGACGCCGGCGGCGGUGGCGGGUUCUCCAUCCCCAAGUUUUGCGCGGAGGUGAUCUUCCCGCCGCUGGAACAACCCUCCGGCCCGCGGCCGCCGAACCAGGGCCUGACAGUCCGGGACGCCCGCGGCCGCCCCUGGGAGUUCCGGCACAUCUACAGGGGCACCCCCCGGCGGCACCUGCUGAGCACCGGGUGGAGCCGGUUCGUGAAGGCCAAGCAGCUCGUGGCCGGGGACGUCGUCGUCUUCGUGGGGCGGAGGUCGACCGGCGAGGUCUUCGCCGGUGUGAGGAAGGCCAGGCGCCAUAGCUCAGUAGAAUGGGUUUACAACUCGGGUAUCAGCUGGCCUGCAUGCACUGCGUCUCCAUUACUCGGUGGCACACAGGGAGCCAGGCAGGACCACAUGCGCAGGAUCGGGAAGACAUCAUGUGACCUCACGGUGAACGAGCAUCAGUCUCUUGGCCCGCCACCUGUCUCGACAGUCCUGAAGCUCGGAAGCUCGUGCCAGAGCAUUUUGCCGCCUAUCGUGCGUAUGCGUGGCGGUGAUCUUCAGGCUAGCUGCCGUUCGGCUUUCCGAUUGUUCGGAAAGGUUAUUGAGACGCGGGCAGGGUUCAGUGGUUGUAGUGGUUCCAACUGCAUUGCGAGUUGUACGUGUGGUUCAGAUUGA